AUGACCAGUGAUGCGUCGAGGGUGCGUGGCCUGGUGGCUGCGCUCAAGGCGUGUGCCAACGAGCAGCGCGGGAGAGUGGUGCACGGGGACGCUGCAAGGACGGGGGACGACUCGGGCCUGCGGGUUGCCAAUGCGCUGCUGAGCAUGUACGCCAGGUGUGGUUGUGCCACCAUGGCUCACACGACCUUCGACGCCAUGCCCCGCCACACCUCCGCGUCCUGGAACCUGCUCAUGCUCGCCUACGCGCAAUCCGGCCACCCCGACGUGGCUCUGCGCUUGCUCCUCCAUCGCAUCAUUCCAGCCGACAGGGUAACCUUCCUCAUUGCGCUCAAGGCAUGCUCCAGCCGCGCCCAAGGCCUUGCCAUCCACAGGCACGCUCGGGACAUGAGACUGGAUUCGGAGGCUCGCGUCGCCACUGCAUUGAUCACCAUGUACUCCAAGCAUGGCAGCCUGCUGGAAGCCCGUCAAGUGUUCGACAGGGUCCGCCACCCGGACGUGGUGCUGUGGACGUGCAUGAUGCUGUGCUACGCUGAUAACCAUGAACAAGGCAUGGCUCUGGAGCUUCUGGGCAUGAUCGAUUGUGCUCCCGACUCCUCGGCUCUCGUGGUUGCGCUCAAGGCCUCCUCGGGGCUGGCAGCCAAGCAAUCGGACCAGCAGCAGAGAUGCCUAGCGAUUUGCAUGGCCAUCCACGCAUCAAGCGGCCCACUACUUGCCAACUCUCUGCUGGCCAGCAGCCUUGUGGAUGCUUAUGCCAAAUGCGGGAGCCUGUGUGAUGCGGAGCGUGCUUUCGACAGCAUCCCCGCGGCCAGCCACACAGUUUACACCUGGACGUCGCUCAUGUCGGCCUACACACACAACGGGGAGGAGCAAUCGGCACUCGCGGUCCUGGCCGCCAUGACAUGCCCCCCCAAUGCUCACACGCUGGCAGCAGCCCUCAAGGCGGUGGCGGAGAUGGCAGUGCAAGAACAAGGCCAACUCCUUGACGGUGUGCACAACGUCAUCAAGCUCACAUCUCUGGAGAGAGGAAUGUGGAUUCACAAGCUCCUUCUGGAAGCCGUUGCUGCACCCGGGCUAGAUUCAUCUAGUCAUGUCUUCGUGGCCAACUCCUUGGUAGCAAUGUAUGCCAGGUGUGGGAGCCUGCUGGAUGCGACGAGGGUAUUCGAGCAAAUGCGGUGCAGAAACAUCGUGUCCUGGACGUGUCUCAUGUCGGGUCUUGUGGAUGCGGGUGACGAAGAGUCGGCUCUGCAGCUCCUUGCGAGGAUGAGAUGCCAAGACGUGGAGCUGGAGCCCAAUGCCCACACUCUGGUGGCUGCACUCAAGGCCGUCACCGGGCUGGCGUCCAAACGAGCGGGGAGCAGCAACAUUGCGCUGCUGGAGACAGGCAUGGCCCUGGAGCAGUAUGUUCGCUGCAGCGCACUUGGUUGUAAUCCUCGGCUUGCAAAUAGCUUGGUGCUGAUGUAUAUCAAGUGUGGGGCGUUGGGAGAUGCGGCACGGGUGUGGAGGCGGGCGCUCCUGGAGCACGGCAAGGACGAUCAUCUGCUGCUGCCUGCUUUGACGUCGCUCGUCUCCGGCUACACGGAGGCGGGCCAGCCACUCGUAGCUCUCACUCUCUUGUUUUCGUGGCAGUUAGCAACGCUGGACGCGGGGGCCUUGGCAGUAGCACUCGAAGCCGCUGCUGGUGCUGCUGCCCUCGAUGCUGGCCGCCAAAUCCACGCCCAAGUCUGCAGGCUGGGAUUACUAGAAGGAGGAGCGAGCAGUCGUCGGCGUUUGGAGACAUGCGUCGUCGACUUGUACGCCAAGUGUGGUUGCAUGCUCCGUUGUGAGCUGCUGUUCGAGUCGCUUGCUUCUCCACUUGGUGCCGCGACCCUCAAUGCGUUGCUGUCGGGCUUGAGCCGCCAAGGCAACCCGGAAAGCCUUGCCUUGUGGCUGCGGCAAAUGGCGGAGGAAGGGGUGGUCGCCGAUGCUACCACUCUAACAUGCCUGCUCGCCGCAUGCAGCCGUGCGGGUCUGGUUGACACCGGCAAGUACUAUUUCGACCGAGCCGGUGUCAAGCCCCAGAUUGAGCACUACCACUGUCUGGUUGACAUGCUGGGCCGUGCAAACCGGGUGGAGGAGGCCUUGGAGGUGGUCGAGGCCAUGGCUACGCAGGGUGUGGAACCGAAUGCGGUGACAUGGACCACACUGCUUGCGGCUUGCACGACGUCGUCGACCUUCGCUGCUAGCGCACAAGUAGCCAAGCGUGCGUUCGAUGAACUCGUGGCAGUGGAGGGCGAUGACACCAAGAAUGCUGCAGCCUACGUAAUGAUGUCUGGCAUCUGUGCAAGAGAGAGCUAG